GCUGAUGGGAAUCGAUCGGCAAACGGGGAAGGAAGAAGAAGUUGGUGCGUGUGCGAAGGAGAAAAUUCCUGAGCUGGAGUGAAAGUGUGGAGGCGGUUUUUCGUGUGCAACUCGCCAUUUUUCCUCGACCCCAAAAAGAGAAGAGUUGUUGCAAAUGCUCAUUCAUCCCCCCAACAAAUGUGCUCUGGGCAAUCAAAAUCCACUUAUACACGGGCAUUCAAUCGAUGGGAAAUUGACGAAUAAUGAUUUAGUUUGAUCCCCCUUUGGGUCCUUUUUUUCCGUGCUCUCGUGUCUCGCUUGUGAGUGAGUAGGAUUCCUGCACAAGUGCGCCGUGCUGUGUGUGUGUUGAGAGAAAAAAAAUUUAGGGAAGAAAACUCGUGAGGAAAAAUCUCCGUGGCCUCAAUUGUGAGAUUUAAGGGAGAAGAAAAAAAAAUUGCCGGACUUUUGUGAGCUCCCGUGAAAGGCUCAGGUGGAAGCUUAAAAUCCUGUGCUUGAGUGGCAAAGAAAAAGUGUUGAAAGGGUGCGCGGCACCCUCAAAGCAAAGAGGGAACAAGUCCAACAUUCGUCGCAUUGAAAAAUUCCCAAAAUAUCCUCUAAGGGUGGUGCGGAAAAAUGCAGCCUCCACCGAGAAAGGGUAACUACACCAAAUUCCUCAAGAAUCUCCAUGCGGAGCAAGUGGCGAAGCUGCAGCUCAAGAAUCAGCAUGAAUGCGAUCUCCUGGAGGACAUUCGACUAUUCACAAUUAAACGGUCAGCCAUUGAGAAGUCCUACAGUGAGGCAUUGCUCAAGAUUUCAUCGGCAUACCUCAAUAAGAAGAUGCCCAACAUACCGGACAUUAAGAUGGAGGGAACAGAGGAGAAAUGGAAUAUGUGGAGUGUAUGGCGGACAGUGUUGGAGGAGAAUGAGAAGCUUGCACGUGCCCGUUUGGCGGCAAUUGAGGUGUUUCAGCAGCAAAUUGCAGAUGAGGCAAAGAUGCUGCGUGACUACAAGUUGGCCAUUAGCAAGAAGUGCGUGAACCAAUUGGUCAACAUCCAGAAGGAGUUGCAAAAUUGCGUGGUGCGCGUGGACACGACCAAGAAGCAGUAUUUCGACGAGGAGCACAGUGCCCACGAUGUGCGGGACAAAGCACGCGAUAUUGAGGAGAAGCUGAAGAAGAAGAAGGGCUCCUUCUUCCAAUCAAUCACAUCACUGCAGAAGAAUAGUGCGCGCGUGACGACGCGCAAAGAGCAGCUGGAGGAACGCUCAUCCGGAGCACGGAAUGACUACCUGCUGAGCCUGGCAGCAGCCAAUGCGCACCAGAAUCGCUACUUCACCGUGGAUCUGCAAACCACGAUGACCACAAUGGAGAACUAUGUGUACGAGCGAAUAGCUGACUACCUAAUGCUAAUGGGGCGUACGGAAUUGCUCACAUGCUCUGCCACACAGCACUCCUUCGGGAAGAUUCGUGAUCAGGCGCAGCAACUCACGCGGGACUACAACCUGCAGUGCUGCUACCUGUUUUACCCCGUACUCAAGCAGCAUAUUCAGUAUGAUUUUGAGAAUUGCGAAAAUGAUCCAGUUGUGAAGAUUACAGCGGAACAUGAAUCAGCUGCGGCGAAUCUCAGUCGAGAGGCCAAAAUCAUGGCAAGUCGCAUUGUCCGUGAGAAUACCAACAUAAAGGAGUACGUGAAGAAGUUGGCCAUCUGCCAGGCACUCCGUGAUGCUGGGCAGCGUGUCGAUCCGCAGGAUCCGCACGGAGUUGACCUGGAGACGAAGAUGGAGGACUUCCGGGAGUGUGUGCGCAAAGCAGAGACGGAAAAGGCAAAAGCAGAGGCGUGCAUUGAGAUCCUUCGACAGGGUGGGGUGAAUGUUGAUGAGUGGUUGCAGGAAGCUGAAACACUGGGUGUUCAGGAGAUUCAUCGCUCCAAUAGUUCCCUGUCAAUGCGCACAGAUGCUUCGGGGCAGGGUGAACAACCCAGUUCAGAUAGUUUCUACGAUUCAGACACAGAAGAGCCACCACAGCCAAAGAUUUCUCAGCCAUCGACGUCACAGGCGGUUGUGGUGGCGCACGAUGUUGACGAAGAAGAACUUUCGCAAGCUGAGAGUGUUCCCGAUCACGCAGAUGUGGAUGCAAUGCUUGAGCAGGAGCGUCAGAAGAUUGAGCAACUCACUGCGGGAUGGGAUGAUCCGACACAGGUGGAUUGGGGAGCUGAAGGUGCCGGAAGUGCUGUACCAGCUCAAACGGGUCCUGUCUUCAAAUGCACUGCCCUGUACUCGUACACAGCCCAGAACCCCGAUGAGCUGACAAUUGUGGAGAAUGAGCAGCUGGAGGUGAUUGGGGAGGGUGACGGGGAUGGGUGGUUGAGGGCACGGAAUUACCGUGGCGAAGAGGGCUACGUACCACACAACUACCUUGAUGUGGAACGCGAUGAGCUGAGCGAUUCGAGUCAGCAACAAGCACUCGCAGCGCAGAUUUCCUUCUCCUCCGUCGACUACACGGUGGACAAUGAGGAUCAAGAGGCGUAUCAGGAUUCAGCACAAUCUCCCGACCAGGUGUCCGUAAUUUCUGCACCCGUGAAAACCGAACCCGCCACACCGGGUGUGCAGUGGUGUAUCGCUCUCUACGACUACGAUGCUACGGCUGAGGAUGAGUUGACCUUCGAGGAGGGUCAGAUUAUUCGAAUCACCACAAAGAGUGCCCAUGGGGUGGAUGAUGGAUGGUGGGAGGGUGAACUCGAUGGGAAACACGGCAAUUUCCCAUCUCUCGUCGUUGAGGAGUGCGAUGAGAAUGGGGAUCCACUCACAGAGGGUGAGGAAGAGCCCGAAGAUUCACCCAUGACACCACCCUCAGUCCCUGAUGCUGUCCGGCAACUUCCUGUACCCGCACCGCCGCCCACAUUUGAAGCUUUCUCAUCAAAUGACACAGAACCUGAUCAACCACCCCCUAGUCAGCCACCUCCGCAGGCACCGCCGCAGACCUUCGAGAUGGAGCUUUCCAAGGCGCAACAGAAUCAAUUCCAAUCCGUGCCGCCAGUGUUGGUGCUGGAACCUGAGGGAGAUGCAUCCGGAACAGUGACCAGCGGCGAUGGUGGUGAGGACUAUGGACUCAAUGUUGUUCAGGUAACUGUUACUGCUGCAACACCCAUGGCAGAGCAUCCAGAGAUGUCUUUUCCACCCGUAAAGGAAGACAUCGAGGCGGAGGAAGCUGAAGCUGAGGCAGCCAAGGAGUCCCCCGUGGAGGAGGAGGAGGUGGCAGAGGAAGAAGAGAAGGAUCUCCCGCCGCCACCACCGCCCCAGGAAGAGCCACCACCACCCCCGGAGGAGGAGAAUGACUCUGGUGAGGAUCUCCCACCGCCGGCGGAGAAGGCACCCGAAGCAGCAGCCAUUCCCCCACCGGAAUCCGAUCCCUUUGGCGGUGAUGGGCAAUUUGAUGCGAAUUUCGAAGCAAAUUUCUCCGCAAACUUCGAAGAUGCCUUCGCUGGGGACCCUGAACCACCGAAGCAAGUGGUUGGCGGGAGGGCUAGUAUACCCGAAGAGCUGGCACCGCAUCAGCUCGAGAGAUUGCAGAAUCUCAAGGAGAGCAAUGCCUAAAGGACACACACACAACAUACUCAUCAAUCAACACUAUCACGUCGUAUGCACCAACAAAAUCCCUUCCACACGGGAUCGAUGGUACGUUCUUUUAUCUUCUCUUUUUCUCUAAAAAAUCAUUUUCUCAUCAUAAUGGGAAAAAUUUAUGUUUUCUGCACGCCCAUGUGGGUAGCAUGACUCUUUUUUUUAGUUAACUUUUCUUUUAUCUCAUUGUUAAUAUAAUUGUAUGUAGUAGAAAAUCAAUUUCUUAGUGGCAAUAUUAGGUGAAAAAGGAAGUUUAGGAGGAAACUAUGGGACAAAAAAAAACAUAUUAGAUAAAAGAUUUUAAUAAAAGAAAAGUCAAUCAUAACGCGUCCAGUUAUAAGAGUUGGUGUCCCACAACGUAUAGAAGUUAGUUUAUGCGUUAUAAUACAAUUUGUGAUCAGUAUUAGUAGGCAAAGUUGAUUUUUUUUGUAAAAUUCAGUAAUUUGAUGCAUAAAAAUGGUUAUAUCUUUGGUUCUAUAAGGCCUACAGAAAUUUCUUGACUAGUUAUGGAAAGGUAUUGAAAUAAGCUAUAAUCUGAAAUAUGUUUCGAUACAUUUCAAGGUCACCACUAGAACACAAAAUGGCGGAUUUUUGUUUCACCAAAACAGUUUUUGGCAUUUUUUAUCCUGAAGGAAUAGUUCUAGAGGUUUCUGAUGUUCUAGAAAGUUGUAGAGUUUUGCAAAACCUUUAAUUUGAUACCAAGUUGAACAAAAUCGGACAAGCAGUUCAGAAGAUAUGGCUCUUAGAACUUUUCAAAUUCAAGAAUUUUUCAAAUGGCCAUAUCUUCUAAACGGCGACAUAGAUUUUCUUCAUUUUCGGACUGGUGAAAGAUAUUGAGUCAGGCUACAACAUAUCAAAAUUUAAAAGAUUUGCCUAAUGGGGAUUCGGAGAUAUUGCCCCUUAAAGUUAGGCAAUUUUUGUUUUUGUUUUUAGCGCCUCUUGCGGACGGUUUUGAAACUUGAAAUGUUCUAGAAAGUUGUAGGGCUUCGCAAUACCUUUCAUUUGAUACCAAGAUGAUCAAAAUCGGUGAAGCCGUUCUCGAGUUAUAUUGAAAAAACACUUUUUGCUUUAGGCCGCCAUAUUUGCUAAACCGCUUGACCGAUUUUCAAGUAUGAAUUGUCGAUGAAAACGUCUCACUGAGCUCUACAACAUACUAAAAUUUCAGACCUCCAGCUGUAAGGGAAGUGGUUGACAGUAUUUCAAAAUGGCGGACGGCGGCCAUCUUGGAUUUUGAAAAUGCGAAAAAAUGAAAUUUUACACCCACAUUUCUAUAGAAAACUUCAAACCGGAAGUCUCUAUCUGUUACCGUUCUCGAGAUAUAAUGCAAAAUGUUGACCACCGGACGGCAGGCCGGCAGGCCGGCAGGCCGGCAGGCCGGCCGGAUCAAAAAUUUUCCACCACCAUUUUUGGAAUGUGGGUUGUCUGAAACGUGCUCAUACCAAGUUUGAGCCCGAUCUGAGGUGGUCGGUUUUUCCGACGAUUACAAUACUUGGUGUUGGCCACGAAGUGGAACACCAACUAAUUAUUAAUGAUGAUGAGGAAAAAAUGCAGAGUAUGUAUACAGGCUGGUGGAAAAGUUUAGGUGCACAAGAGAAAUGUUUUUCAUUUUAUUUUUUGGGAAAGAAAAUUUGAAAAAAAAAAUACGAAAAAUCUUUUAAGGAGAGGAAGUUGAAUUUUUCUUUAAAUUACAUAAAAUUAACUUUAUCUGAAAAAAAUGUCAUAAGAUUAGUUUUUCAUUAUCUUUCGAAAUAUAGAGUGGCGCAUAAGUUAAUGCAUGAUUUAAGGCUGGUUUACAUGCAAAAUCAUGCAUUAACUUAUGCGCCACCUAGUAUAAAAGGAGUCGAUUUUGAUAAAAAUCUUUUAUUUCUCAAGAUUUUGACAGUUAUUGUUUCAAAUCGUUCUAUAAAAGAAAAACAGAAUUUGCUGUUCCAGAAAAUAAUCAGAAAGAUCCUUAAAAAGCUCUGGAAAAGUAAUUUUCCCUCAAAAACACGUUUAAUUAGUUUUAUUUUGGAGGACACGAAUUUCUAACCUCAAACUUUGAGCUUGAUUUUCCCUUAAAAAGAAAAUGUUUUUCCAGAUUUUCCUUUGGCGAACUUCGAGUAUUUAAAGUUUCCUACACAUAGAUGUGGAAUUUGUAAAGAUAAGUUGGAUAGAUUUUAAUCUAUGGCGGUUUAGAAAAGUCGAAUUGGCAGCGAUUACCAUUUUUGUCCUCCAAGGGUUAAAGUAAUAAAUAAAAUGUCAAGAUUGUUAAAAAAAUAUUCAGAAUACAGCAUACCAACAAUCUUGUAACUGACGAAUUUUAAGAAAAGAAAAGAAAAGAUUUUUAUAAGAAUCUAUCCCUGAAUGUCUUAAUUCUGAAUUUAACUAUAGGGGAGGGCGGGGCUAAUAAAGUCACUUAAGGGUUUAGAAAAAGCCUAAAAUAUCAUAUUUCCUAGCUAGAUAGAACAAAAUGAUCUGAGAAAGAGUUGUAGGGCAGUAAAUUUCCUAAAGAAAUGAGCUAAACAUUUCGCUUUAUUCAUUUGGGAAAUAUGAUAUUUUGAGCUUUUUCUAAACCCUUAAGUGACUUUUUUAACCCCGCUCUCCCCUAUAAAUUAAAAAAAUAUAUAGAAAGAAUGAAAAUUAAUUUAUAAUUAAAUUUUCAAUGAAAUCUGAAGAAUAAAAGGUAAUAAAUUGGCUUUUUUUUACAGAGGUCUUCCUAAACUUUUCCACUGCACUGAGGUUGUGAGGAAUGAUAAAAAAAACAAAUAAAAAAGCCUGUAGAAAGAUAUCUCUCUUGCAUUUUUAUGCGAAAAUUCAUAAAUCCAUUAAACAGACAACAAAAAAAUCGCGUUGAAGAGACGCGUUGGAUGGUUUUAAAAUCUCCUCGCGAGGAUUCAUUUUUACACACAAAAUGUGAAUAAUAUAGAAAAAGAUUCAAAAACAUCCUUAAAUCCAAUGAAUAGAGGGAAUAUUUAUUAGUAAAAAGAAUAAAGAACUUUCAUGAUGUCGACUUUUUUUGUGUUGGGCGCAUUUGAAUGUGUGUAAAAGGGAUGAAAAAAGAAUAUUUUUUAGCAUCAGAACAAAAUAGUUCUUGUUAGACGUUUUAUAACAUCGCGUCCUCUUUACAAAGGAAGAAGAUUUCAAGGAAACAAAAAAAUAACCUGAAAGAUAUUGUAUAUCUCAAAGGGAUGGAUGAGAAUUUUUAAUGGAAUUUAAUUAUUUAUUUAAUUAUAUACAAAUUAAAAAAUGAUAUUCGCGUUGAACUCAUUGUAGGAAAUACAAUAAUAUUUAAUCCCAAAUAUACCUCACACCAGAAUCAAGGAAAUAUUUCGCGAAAAUAUUUCAAACAGGACAUUUUUUACGUUUAAUAAUCCUAAUUUUCCUUUCUGUGUUUGUUAUUCGUGAGAAUCCUUUUCUUCGGUUGUUGUAAAAUGAAAGAAAAUUGAAUCCCCUUUUUGACGUUGUUUCUUUUCUUAUUUUCUUAGAUAAAACAUAAAAUUAAUAAAAGAAAACAAAUGAGAAGUUAUAAUUAAAAAGAAAUUUAGCAAAAGUAUUUAAAUAGUGGGUGACAAAAAAGCAAAAGAAAUCAGUGGAAAAAAUGGGAGGAAAUAAGAAUAAAUUAAAUAUGAAAAAUUAAUGCGAAGAAAAUACAAAGCAAAAGGGAAAAAAUGGGAAUAAAAAACUUACUCUAUGCGCUUAAACAAAAUAAAUUAAAUUUCUGUCUAAUAAUCCUUAUUAAAAAAAAAGAAAGCAAACAAGAAAAAAAUGUAAACGA